CGAGCUUACGGAGAAGUGCUCUCCAGAUACAUUUAUAGUAGAUUUUAAAAACACUUCCUAACGUACUUUAUCAUCUUUAAGGUGUCAAAGAAAAACACUAAAACCGGAUUAAUUUUUUUAUUCGAUAUUUUUAGUUUUAGAAGAACAAAUAGUUUAUUAUUUAUUAGGCUACAUUUAAAAUAUUUUAAAAGCAAUUUUGCAGCCAUGACUUCAAGCAGCGAGCCUUUGGAAAUUACUGGCAAUGAGCUGGUUCACAUACUCAGGACCCCCCAGGACCAGUACACCUCUGCUGGGUGUGUGUUGCUGGACUGCAGACCUUUCCUCGAUUUUUCUUUUACACACAUUUGCGAGUCCCGAAACGUCAACUGGAACUCCAUGCUGCGUCGAAGAUCCAAGACCAGUAUGGUGGCUCUGGAGUGGCUCAUCCCGGACAAGGCGCUCCUGGGUCGGCUGCGGCGCGGGGAGUUCUCCCCUGUGGUGGUGGUGGAUGACAGAAGCCGCUCUGUGGCCGAGCUGAAGACAGAGAGCGUGGCCCAGAUGCUCCUCACCGCCCUGCAAAACGAGGUCCAGACGCAGAUCUGCUUUCUACAAGGUGGAUUUGAGGGAUUUUCAGAGGCCUAUCCAGAGCUCUGUUACAACUCUGCCAGCAGCCACUUCUCUACAGUGGAACCAGAGCCAACAGUGACGGGUCGGAGGACUCCAGCAUAUGAUCAGGAUGGUCCAGUGGAGCUGCUGCCCUUCCUGUUUUUAGGCAGCGCUAUCCACUCCUCCCGCCGAGAGACCCUCGCAGCAGCAGGCAUCACGGCUGUGCUCAACGUUUCCUCCACCUGCCCCAACUUCUAUGAGGGGGAGUUUGAGUACCUGCGGCUCACAGUGGAGGACAGUCUGGCUGCUGACAUCAGAGCCUGCUUCUCCACAGCCAUCGCCUUCAUCGACUCAGUGAAGCAGAGUGGUGGACGGGUGCUGGUGCAUUGCCAGGCAGGUAUCUCCCGCUCUGCUACCAUCUGUCUGGCCUACCUCAUGCACACGCAGCGUGUCCGGCUGGACGAGGCCUUUGACUUUGUGAAGCAGCGCCGUCAUGUCAUCUCCCCCAACCUGGCCUUCAUGGGACAGCUGCUGCAGUUUGAGACUGACGUUCUCUGCCAAGGAUGAAGACCCACAAGUAUUAAGAGGAAGGAAAUUUAAAUGACCGUACUUUUUUAGUUAAAUCUCCUGCCUCCUGUAGGCAUUGGGCUGGACUCAGAGCUUUACCAGGACUCAAAACAUUUGUACAAAUACGCUGUUUGUGCUAUUAAAACUAUUACUCAAUAGAAGUAAAUACAGAAGUAAAUAAAAAUGUGCGGUCAGAGAAAAGCUACUUGUGUUGCUGGCAUCACAUGGCUGGUGGAUCUGGACUCGUACUUACAGCGGAAACUGACAAAUGGCAUCCUGAUGCAACAAACAGUGUUGGCAAUAUAAAACCCCACUGUAAUAACCAAAUUAUGAACAAUUAUGAUUCUGAGCCAGGGAGUCGGAGCAGCUAUGAGGUAAUUCCCCAUGAUGUUUUGUACUCGAGGGGAGUUGUGCCUGCUUGUCUAGUUUUGUGUUUGUCUGUGUGUUACGUUGUUUGACUUAUGUGCCUGAUUGUUUGCAAGGGCUGUCUUAUUUUCAUACUGGAAGUCAUUCCCUCACAGUCACGACCACUGUGACGUGACUUAUCUUUUUAUGAGAGAACACUGUGUUAACUACGUACAGCAAUACCGGAUGAAUUUCCAGUUUUAUUGUCUAACUUAUAAAAAUGCACUAAACAUAAUUGGUGUCUCAUCAUAAGUCUAAUCAUUCUUUAUCCUGAGAUAGAUUACACUUGGUACACUCAAACCUGAAAAUGUUUUUUUUUUUUUUAUCAUGUAAAUACUAUUUUUAUUUUUAUUUAUUUCAGAAACUGUUGUUGUAACGGUGUUAGCAUUAUUGCUGUCUUUUACUGCACUUUAUACCUACAAGGUUUGGCUGAUUCCUGCUGAAAUAAAAACAUG